GCGCCGCUCCGCCUCCGCUCUUGGGGCUCCACUGCUUCAGCGGCUCCCGGCGGCAGCCCUUUGCGACCGGGGGACCAUGCGAGGUUUCACGGUGCCAACCGUCUAUUUUCAGAAGUAUGUGGCCAUCCAGAACCCCAGACUUUGGGGUCUUUACUGCUGCAUCUACAUCACUCUAGUCGCCUUGGUGGCCGCGGCCAUCGCCUUGUUCCAAGUCUAUUUGGUCCCUGUUGAGCCACAUUGCAGGCUUCAGCUCUGGAGCAAUGUUGGCACUUUGACAGGCAGCAGCUGUCCAACAGGGUCCUAUGACUACGACCCGGGCAACGGGACUGGACAUUGGUCUUUCCAAGGUGCCGGCUGUGCGACGAUGUGCAGCAACGGUUUGCCCGACUUGGGCAUGGGCGCGUGCGUCAGCACUGGGCAACUGGUCAAGCAGGAUGGUGACUCCCUCUUCUUUGCCACUGCAUUUAAUGAGGAGGUGAAUCUGCGGUACCACAACGACCAGAAUUGGAUGGUCAACUAUUUCGACCAGUGGCUUCUCGAGCGGGGCACCUCCAAUAACACGGUGCCAGGUAGUCCUUGCCCCUUUCCAGUGUCGAGUAGCGACUCUGAAGCCAGACAGUGCAAGAAGAAAGCCAGCUACUUGAUCCCAUCAACCUGGCACCAGGCCAUGAGCGCGCAGUUCGUCAUGGAGUACCAGGUGCGAGUGCCCGAUAGCUUCGCCCAUGCGAUGUCCGGAAAGCAACUCAUGGAGACCACCGGGAUGACCACCGUGAUCAAGUCUUCAACGGGCGGCCAGUUCCGAGAAAUUGCCGCUGGGCAGGUGGUGUCCAUCUCGGUGCAGGAUGCCUUGACAGCCGCUGGGCUAGACUUGUCCCAGUCCAUUCCGGAGCAGGCCGAUUUGCCCAACAACCAGCAAAGGGCAAAGAUCCAAGCGGUUGGCGCAACUUUAGUGUUCCACAUGGAGGUGACGAACAAUGGGGACAUGGGCACUCCUGUGAACGAGAUCACCAUUCAAGGCAUCCCUGGCUUUGCCACCCAGAAGGAGACCGAUGUACUGGACCCCUUCGGCAGCGUGCGAGUGAGGACCUACAGCGGCAUUCGCUUCGUGUUCAGCAGCCGUGGCAGCUUCACGUGGUUCCGCUUUGACAAGUUCGUGUAUGUCUUCACCAUGUGUGUGGUGUGGCUGCAGCUCCCAGGGAUGAUCUUCUUCUCCUUCGCCAUAAGGGGCUUGGGAACGCUCUCAGAGGCGCUCGCGGGAUACACCUACGAGCACAUCGAUUUCACCAAGGAGGUGAUUGGUGUCUCUGCCCGAAACAUGGCGUAUAGCUUCAGCCAAGAGGACACGAGCGACCUCUCAGAGGAGUCGGGGAUUGGAAAGUUGGUCUAUGGCAUGUCGCUGCGGCAGGUCCGCCGGCGAUUGCACCAUGUUCUCAACGGCCAUCCAACCCUGACGGGCCCCGAGCGGAAGCUCUUCACCGAGUUCUUCCUGGCCAACGCCACCGGCUCGCUCCCGAGUGGGCGGGAUGCUCUCACCUAUGAGGGCUAUCUUCACCACCUCAGCUCCAAUGAGAACCUCCGCGGCUUUCAAGACGUGGUGUCCAUCAUUGACCCGGCAGGGGGCAACAAGAAUGCCUUGGAAUAUGUCUUUACAGACAACACGGUCAAGGCGAUGCAAGAGUUGGCCAACAAGCGACGGAAGGUGGGUGAGGUGGGAAUCAUUCACGACACGAAGAUGAUCGUUUUGAGCCGGUUGAAGCUGCAAGCCAGCAUUUGGGCAGCUCAGAGGUGUAACCUGACGCGUUGUCAACUGGGCCAGGAAGCUCUGGAAGGCCAGCUCGAGAAGCUGCAAGGGGCUGGCGCCACCCUACACGAGUUUGCUUCAAGGCUUCAAAGUGGGAAGACUGAGGAGGAAUAGAGACGUCCGGAGCUCUAGUCAGGCAUCCGACCAACG